CGCCGGCCACAACUCGGUGUCCGUCGAGGAGAGCACCAGCCGGAGCUUCAUCGCCGACCAGGGUGACCCUCUUCCUCCUCCCAUCGAGAUCUCCCCCAUACCACUGCAGGUCAACUACGCCUCCACAUGAUGUUCAUCGAUAGAAGGUGGAGGCCAAGGAGGAGAGGAUCAUGGGUGCGGCCCCUAAAUGGCAGGGAGUCCGGCGACAGCUCCAACCGGGAGUGCAUCAGCCCCACCACCGUCAUGUUCCGGAGUACCGUCCCUGACCGCGCCAUGUUCCCCACCGCCUACACCUAUGACAGGGUGUUUGGCCCCAAUUGCUCUACCAGACAGGUCUACGAGGAAGGAGCAAAAGAAGUUGCUCUAUCAGUUGUCAGUGGAACCAACUCAAGCAUAUUUGAGUUUGGGCAAACAAGCAGCGGAAAUACUUACACAAUGACUGGAAUUACUGAGUACAGUGUUAUGGACAUUUAUGACUACAUAGAGAAGCACCCUGAAAGAGAAUUCAUGCUGAAAUUCUCAGCAAUAGAGAUAUAUAAUGAAGCUGUGAGGGAUCUUCUGAGCCAUGAUACGACACCUCUUAGACUGCUUGACGAUCCUGAGAAAGGGACUACUGUUGAAAAGCUUACCGAGGAAACAUUGAGGAACAAGGACCAUCUUAGGGAUCUUCUUGGAAUGUGUGAAGCUCAAAGAGAGAUUGGAGAAACGGCUUUGAACAAAGCGAGUUCUAGGUCCCACCAAAUACUCAGGCUGACAAUUGAAAAUUCUGUUAAACAGUAUUUAGGAAGAAGCAAAUCGAGCACCCUGGUGUCUUGUGUGGUACGGAAUGUCUUUCUAUAUUCAUGAUUAUUUGGUACUAGCAUGUUUCCAU